AUGGAGGACUUCAACAGCGAAACCGACAGUGACUACACUAGCUACUGGAGAGAUUGGUUCAUCUCCUCUCGUGGAAACGAAUACUUCUGCGAGAUCGACGAAGAUUACUUGACCGAUCGCUUCAACCUCACUGGCCUGAACACCGAGGUCGCUUACUAUCAGUAUGCCUUGGACCUUGUGACGGACGUGUUUGACCUCGACGCGGACGACGACCUGCGCGAGCAAAUCGAAAAGUCGGCGCGUCACCUCUAUGGUCUGGUCCAUGCCAGAUACAUUGUCACAACCCGCGGUCUUGCCAAGAUGGUCGAGAAGUACAAGCGCUGCGAUUUCGGCAAAUGCCCCCGUGUCAUGUGUGACGGACACCCCCUCCUGCCUAUGGGCCAGCACGACGUUGCCAACCAGAGCACUGUUCGCCUGUACUGCCCCAAGUGCGAGGACAUCUACAACCCCAAGUCAUCCCGUCAUGCUUCCAUCGACGGCGCUUACUUCGGCACGUCGUUCCAUAGCAUGCUCUUCCAGGUGUAUCCUGCUUUGCUUCCCGAGAAGAGCAUUCGCCGCUAUGAGCCCCGCGUCUUCGGUUUCAAGGUGCACGCCAUGGCGGCCCUUGCGCGCUGGCAGGAUAUCUUCCGGGAGGAGACGAAGGCGUCCCUUCGCGAAGCCGGUGUGGAAGCCAAAUACAUCGAAGAUGACAGUGAGGAGGAAGAGCUAGAUGACGACGACGAACCUAUUUCUGAGACCAAAGAAGAGAGAGUCGCCGGCGAUGCCGCCUCUGGCCGUAUGGAUCUUUGCAACUGA